AUCUUAAACUUAAACUAUUGUCACAGGUCACAGUAUAUACUGUGCCAUUGUGCAGUCAGGUGCAAUACACUGGUAUAGAAUCGUUAAAUCAUUUUGGAUCAUUCUUCUCGGAAGUAACAGUAACAAAAAUAUUUGUACACCAUUGAUUUCAUCGUAGUUUUUACAAACUUGAAAACUAUGUCAAAUUGGCGGCCAAGUCACAGCAACGGUGCAGAGCGAAGAGAAACAUAUAAAAAUAACAGAGAGGACAGAUGUGAGAGGAGUAACGAUUCUCAUAGAGACAGAUCGCAAAGAGAUAAAAGCAGAGACAGAGAUCACAGAGGUAAUAGACGCGAUCAUUCUAGAAGAGAUGAUGAGAAGCAGAAUGGGAAAAAAAAGUACGAAAGAUCGCCAGCAAGAAGAGAAAAUAAUCACUCUAGACACAGAGAACGCAGUGAAAGGAGUAGAAGUAGAGAUAGAAGGGAUGACACUGGAAGAAGACACAGUGAUCAACAUAAGCAAAAGAGAAGUUCAGAAGACAUAAAAAUUAAAAGAGAAUCUUCUGUUGAUUGGGGAAAAUCGAAUGUAAAGACUGAAAAAGAAAAGCCCAACUUUGAAGUAUCAGGAAAAUUAACAGAGGAUAUGAAUACUGUCAAUGGAGUAGUUAUAAAAUAUUCUGAACCGCAAGAUGCCAAAAAACCCAAACGGAGAUGGAGAUUGUAUCCCUUCAAAGGCGAGAAAGCAUUACCUACAUUAUACAUUCACCGACAGUCAGCAUAUCUUAUGGGUAGAGAUCGUAAAGUAGCCGACAUACCCUUAGAUCAUCCCUCGUGUUCCAAGCAACAUGCCGCUCUACAAUAUCGAUUAGUUCCCUAUCAAAAAGAAGGAGGCAUCGAAGGUAGAAGAAUACGACCAUAUAUUAUUGAUUUAGAAUCAGCAAAUGGAACAUUUGUAAAUAAUGUAAAGUUAGAACCAAGAAGAUAUCAUGAACUAUUGGAAAAAGAUGUAGUACGAUUUGGCUUCAGUACUAGAGAAUAUGUUUUGUUGCAUGAACAUAGUAAGGAUGAUUCAGAUGAUGAUGAUGUACCUCUUACAAAUGCGACUUAAGAUCUAAUUCUAAUAGAGAAAAAUGUCUAAUGAAUAUAUAUGAACACUGAUACAUAAAUCAAAUUUAUUCACGUGCAGAAUCAAGAGAACAAAAUAUCUAUGAGAAGAAAGAACAUGUAUAGAUACAAAGUUCCAAGUUUUUGGAGAUCCUUUUAUGUAUAUUAAGUGUUAUAUACAUUGCAGAUGUAAGUUAAUAGAUUUUGAAGGUUCCUGAAAAAUAUAUUAAAAAUACAAAAUUUAGUAGUAACUCAUUUAUCUCUUUUGUAUUUUAUUGUGAUUGUUUUAUAAAUAUUUUAAAGGAAUUUAAAGAAAAAGAAUAUAUUUUGUAGAUAAUUUUUGUUGAAUUAAUUAAAACUCACACUUUUAUAUAUAUUUAUAUAUUUACAAUUUUUAAU